AACUUUGCCGAAGGGGGCGGGGCUUUCGCUGAUCCGGUUGGCUUUGGUUAGGGACGCGUGUAGAAGCCGGUUGUGAGAGUGGGCGUGCCAGCCUGACGGGAAGCAGUGCGCGCUAUGCGUGAUGACGUAAAGGGGCGUUGAUUGGGAGAGAGAAAACACAGGAGUCCGCGCAUGCGUGGUGCCCCAUAUUUGGUCCAAGUUCAUCUCUUCCCUGCGCUAAAGUGAGCAGUGACCAACAUGUCAGGGUGGGAGUCUUAUUACAAAACUGAGGGUGAUGAAGAAGAAGAAGAAGAAGAGAGCUUUGAAGCGGGUGGAGAAUAUAAAUAUUCAGGAAGAGAUAGUUUGAUUUUUUUGGUUGAUGCCUCCAGGGCCAUGUUUGAAUCUCUGGGUGAAGACGAAUUGACUCCUUUUGACAUGAGUAUCCAGUGUAUCCAAAGUGUGUACAUCAAUAAGAUCAUAAGCAGUGAUCGCGAUCUCUUGGCAGUGGUGUUCUAUGGUACCAAGGAAGACAAAAAUUCAGUGAAUUUUAAAAAUAUUUACGUCUUACAGGAGUUGGAUAAUCCAGGUGCUAAACGAAUUCUAGAACUUGACCAAUUUAAGGGGCAGCAGGGAAAAAAACAUUUCCAAGACCGGAUAGGCCAUGGAUCUGACUAUUCAUUAAGUGAAGUGCUGUGGGUCUGUGCCAACCUCUUUAGUGAUGUCCAGUUCAAGAUGAGUCACAAGAGGAUCAUGCUGUUCACCAAUGAAGACAAUCCCCAUGGCAAUGACAGUGCCAAAGCCAGCCGGGCCAGGACCAAAGCUGGCGAUCUCCGUGAUACAGGUAUCUUCCUUGACUUGAUGCACCUGAAGAAACAUGGGGGCUUUGACAUAUCCUUGUUCUACAGAGAUAUCAUCAGCAUUGCAGAGGAUGAGGACCUUGGGAUUCACUUUGAGGAGUCGAGCAAACUAGAAGACCUGUUGAGGAAGGUUCGAGCCAAGGAGUCCAGGAAGCGAGUGCUCUACAGGUUAAAGCUUAAGCUCAACAAAGAUAUAGCACUCACUUUGGGUGUCUAUAAUAUGGUCCAGAAGGCUGUCAAGCCUGCUCCAAUAAGGCUGUAUCGGGAAACAAAUGAACCAGUGAAAACCAAGACCCGAACAUUUAAUGUAAAUACAGGCAGUUUGCUUCUGCCUAGCGACACCAAGAGGUCUCAGAUCUAUGGGAGUCGUCAGAUUGUGCUAGAGAAAGAAGAAACAGAAGAGCUGAAACGGUUUGAUGAACCAGGUUUGAUUCUCAUCGGUUUCAAGCCCUUAGCAAUGCUGAAGACGCACCACUACCUGAGGCCCUCCCUGUUCCUGUACCCUGAGGAGUCCCUGGUGAACGGGAGCUCAACCCUGUUCAGUGCUCUACUCAUCAAGUGUCUGGAGAAGGAGGUCCUAGCAGUGUGCAGAUAUACACCCCGCAAGAACAUCCCCCCUUGCUUUGUGGCUUUGGUGCCACAGGAAGAGGAGUUGGAUGACCAGAAAAUUCAAGUGACUCCUCCAGGCUUCCAGCUUGUCUUCCUACCCUAUGCUGAUGAUAAACGGAAGGUGCCCUUUACUGAAAAAGUCAUAGCAAACUCGGAGCAGGUGGACAAGAUGAAGGCGAUUGUUCAGAAGCUCCGCUUUAAAUACAGAAGUGACAGCUUUGAGAACCCGGUGCUGCAGCAGCACUUCAGGAACCUGGAGGCCUUGGCUCUGGACCUGAUGGAGCCUGAACAAGCCGUCGACCUGACAUUGCCCAAGGUUGAAGCAAUGAAUAAAAGACUGGGAUCUCUGGUGGAUGAGUUUAAGGAACUUGUCUACCCACCAGAUUACAAUCCUGAGGGGAAAGUUACCAAACAAAAACAAGGUGGUGAAGGUUCUGGAAGCAAAAGGCCCAAGGUGGAGUUUUCUGAAGAGGAGCUGAAGGCCCACAUCCGCAAGGGCACACUGGGCAAGUUCACUGUGCCUGUGCUGAAGGAGGCCUGCAGGGUGUAUGGGCUGAAGGGCGGGAUGAAGAAGCAGGAGCUGUUGGAUGUACUCACCAAGCACUUCCAGAACUGACCGGAGACCAUACAUCCAGCCAUCCUUCCACACUGCAGCCAGGCUGACUGGUUUUGUUCUUCUUAGCAAGUUAAAAAGUUUCUCCUGAGCUAGGAGUCUUCUUGACAGAAGCCAAGGGACUUUACAUUUAUGAGACUUCCUGUUGCCAUGGAGGCCAUGUAGUCCUCCCACUUUGCUGUGCCUUAUGCUACUGCCAAUUAAAAAGCCCUAACUUUGUACUAUA